ACAAGAGGUGGCCUCCACGUGGCAAGAGCUGGGCAACAUAUUCAUUAUGUUGGCAAACUACCUCAUGUUUAUGUAAUGGUUAAUUUUCGGUGGUUUAAAAUAAUAAGAUCAAAUAUGUUUGUUUCGUAUGUAAAUAAAUUUCUCGCUUUUUUUUCCUACAAACAGUUCUGCACAUAAGGUAUUAUUCUUAAAAUAAUCUAGAUAUUUAUGUUUAGAUCGUGAACAUGCUUUAACACUGGUGGCCGAGUUUUUACAUACACGACCAGUAACUUUCAAACUGUGAAAUAAACAAACGUUUUCCUUCUUUAAUCAUGUUUACCAAAAAAUACUGGUGGUGACAUCAAAGGAUGUUUAUUUGUGGUAAAAAUAACAUUAUUAUGUAAUUAGGUAAUUAUAAAAUUAUCAUGGUCAUUGUCAAAUAAGAAAUCAAUGAGAGGAUGAAGAGAAAAUUUUCGCGGGUUAUCGAGUAAUUAUGGUAAGUGUUGUUGCUCAAAUGUUAAAGUAUGUAUAUAGGCAGAUGAUUUCUUUUACUGUAUCAUACAAUCAUGGCUGAACAUCCAUGUAUUUACUGCAAUAUUGAGGUCACUUCUCGUGCGCACGCUAUUGCAUGUGAUUCAUGUGGAAGAUGGAGUCACCGUAGACACACCGAAAUUACCCAUCAGCAGUACAUGCAACUGCGCAGUGGUGAGGUACAGAUAGAGUGGUUCUGUAAUGGUUGCAGGAACGUCGACGAACCACCACCACCACUUGAAAUCCCGGUAUCGCCACUCAGAAAUCUUGCACAAGAAGAUCUAAGACAUGGGGGUAACACUACCAUACCAGAUGUGUCAUUCGACCUAGCCCAAGAGUACGAACGACCAACACCAGUGGUAGACACGUCUUUACCUGAUGACCUUGAGCUGAACGACGAAAUCCCCGCCGACGACGCCGUAAUUACGUAUGAGAUUGUGGAGUCCGGGACUAAGCGAGGUGCGGCGAAACUGAUCAGUUCGGAUGGAUAUUCUUACACGAAGGGGGUAACGUCCGGAGAGAGACAAUUCUGGCGAUGCUCGGUGCGAAACAAGACAGUAAAAUGUCCGGCAUCCGUGAAACAGUACCGCGACAUGUUCACAUCGGGUGUAGCAGGACACGUUCAUCCACAAGAUCCUGGUGCUACAAAAAAGAUGAAAAUAGCUAAGAAGGUGAAGGAACUGGCGCGACCAGAAAGAAAUAAUAAAACAUAUAAAUAAAUAUAAAAUUCAACAUGAAACCUUUAUUCUUUAAUCAUAAAAAACUUUUUAAAAUAGCAUUAAACGUAAUUGCAGAGCUUACAUUUAUUCCGCCAUAAAUCAUUAUUUCUUAUUUUUACUAUUAUGUUAUAAUUUUGUUAAUUAAAUAAAAGCACCAAUUUAAAAACCAAACAACAGUAUUGCGUUAUUUAAAUCGUAAAAUUAACUAAAUUCUUUACCUUAGGCAUGGCAUUAAUUACUCAACUCAAAAGUAAUCCACAGUUUGCAAAUAAAUGCCCCCAAUGUUAUUGUAAGCCGAUAAUAGGUGUCAUUAACACCUCGUUGUAGGUAUACCUCCUAUAUAAAAUCAAUUUACCGAAACAUCCACGACUUUUACUCUAUAAAUCAAUUUACCGAACUGGUCAUUUACCGAAAC